AUGAUGCCCGCACCUCCGUUUGCGGAGGAGCGGAGCAUGGUCCGCAGGUGCAAAGGCCCAGUUCCAGUGGUUCACCACAGAAGCGGGAGUAUUGUCGCAUCUGCGAUGCUGCAGAUGCGUUGGAUGGAUCAAGCAGGCGAUCCAGAUAUCUUGACCGACUUCAUUAUUCCUGAAAAUCGAACUGGAGACACAUUAGAUGGGAAUGUUUUCAACUUCACAGGCAUGCGCGGAAUUUUUGGCAGUGUUAUUACAAGCUUUAAAGGGACAAAAGCUAGCAAAGCGGAAUUUCCAGCUUUGGAUGGACAGUGUACUUCACUUGCUGUGCUUCAGUUCCCUAGCGCGGCACCGUCUAGCCCUGCUGAUAACCAUGGGGCCCAUGACCGGAUGAUGCACCUCGGUGCACUGGGCGAGCCAUCUGAGUAUGCUUGA